AUGAGCCCUCGUCGGUCAUCCCGUGCUCGCUCAUCGCAGCAACCCCCUCCUGGUCCCAACCACACAAACUCCACCACCUCGAUCAACUCCAAAUCCGAUCGAGAUACUCGUGCCAACAUCCGUACAACCUCUCCUCACAGACCCUCCACCCAACGAUCCGAAUCUGCUGAUGGCGCAGACUCGUCCUCUCGAGCCGAGCAGCUCGCACCGCGUCGCAGUCGCCGAAAUGGAGAUGACAAAGAACAAAUAGUAAAACAACAGACCGAUGAUGAGGAAAAUGACGCUGAACCCACAGAUGAGGAAGUCACUCGCUGUAUCUGUGGGCUAGUUGAGUAUCCUGGUCCUUCCCCUACAGUGCGACAACAGCAACCAGCCAUCGACGGCAUAACCGACGACACGGGUAAUUUUUUCGUCCAGUGUGACAACUGCGGUGUCUGGCAACACGGUGGCUGCAUGGGUCUAUUGGACGAGUCGAUGCUCCCAGAUGAAUACUACUGCGAGCUGUGCAAACCAGAAUUUCACAAGAUCACAAAGGCUGCAAAUGGUGGUGAAUAUGUGUUAUCACCUUUUGUGCCCAUCUUUGUGCAGAACAAGACUGACAGAUUGCCUUCAAACAGACCAAAAUCUUCACGUUACCUCCCUGUUUUGGAGACAAAUUCCAGUCGAUCCUCUCCUUUAUCCUCAAAUCCAGAAUUGGGCCGCAAGAAAGAGAACAAGAACAAACAGUCCGAAAGCACCAAGAGGAGAGCCACCUUCAACAGUAGGGGGGCUUACGACGAGGAUGAGAUGUUGAGGAGGGCCAUCGAGGAGAGCAAAGAGAUGGGCACUCUCGGGAAACGCACAAGAGACGAAUCAGAAGAACAAAAAGGUACAUCCAAGCGACAACGCACGGGAUCCAACUCCUCAGGAACGGUUUCCAAGCGCAGUGAGUCGCCCGAUGGAGCAGUGGAUGAUCCAACAAACAGAUCAGCAACCAACGGUCGAAAUGCGUCCCAAAAAUUGAGGGGAGCAGCUGCUCGAAACAACCGUGAAAAGGAACUUCGAGACAAAGCAAAGGAACAGCAAGCUGCCCAGCGUGCUGAGGCGGCAAGCAAACGCAAUGCUCGGUCCGAACGAAGAAGGGCAGAUGACUCACCUCCUCCUACACCGAGCCUCUCUCCUUCCAAAGGUGGACAAUCCAACGGCAGAACAAAAGCAGAUUCCCCCCCAUCUGGUCGGUCGAACCAUACCAAUAGCCGUAAAUCUGGCGGAAGAGCAGCUGCACGGCGAGGGAGAUUGGGCAGAAAUCAAUAUACGCGUGACCAGAACGGAGAAGACGGGGACAAUGCAUCUCUGCGGGAUGGAUCCCAUGACAUCAAUGGCCAUGACAACAAAAAUGGGGGUUCGCCGUCCGGCGUCGACAGAAAAGGGAGUGCAGGUGGAGUCGGCGCUGUUCACUGCAUCAAUGGCGAAAGCGGACGCAGUUCAAAGGCCAAGACACACCCGGCGAGAACGAGUCUCAACGAGAUGAAGAGACGAGUAGCAGCAAUCCUGGAAUUUGUUGGGCGGAUGCAGACAGAGCGAACAACGCAGGCACAAGCAGCGAUGCAGGUGAGCGGUGGCAGUGGCGGGAGCUCCAAGGGCUCCACGACUCCGAACGGCGUAAGCAAAACGUCCAGCACUUCGAGCACGACAGGGAGCACGUUGCCAACGGCCAGUCUGGUGCGUGCGGUUGAGGCUGGGCUGAAUGACGUAAAGGAGAAAGACGACGACAACACGGUAUCGAUGAUGGACGAGAAGGAGUUUGCGACCAUGGGCAGUGUGGACAUGAUGGAGACGUUGACGAGAGAGUUGGUCCAGUGGCAGAGUGUUUAUGGGGUAUAUUCGCGAUGA